GCCGCAAGCGUCGUGUGUGGUUCAAAGUUACGUCUGUUUACGAUGUUGUGAUGCUGGAACUGACAGAAAUGUCAAGGCAAAAGGCUGAAACCACAACCUUCCACCACCCCGAUGAUCACGGCUAUUAGGAGACAGGAUCCAAUUCUAUUCAUGCAUCACCGAGCCCUAUGCAGCUAGGACGCCAUUGAGGCCAAGGGCCACCAUGGCAGUUCGUGGCCCCCGCCACUCUCACGUGGCGGUGCCCCAGGCUAUGAGCCCAGAAAGUGCUCUAGCCUCGGACCUUUUCGACCAGUUUGUGUCGGCCGGCACAUUCAAGGCUGCCCUCUCCACGUAUCGACAGAUAUGUGACCUGCUGCAGCUAGCCCCUUCUCCUCUCCCUCUGUUCUAUCCGCGGUUGAAGACUAAGCUACGAUCCUGGAGGGCAGCUUCUCUCUGGACCAAGCUAGACAAACGGGCCAGUCAUAAAUGCUACAACAGAGGAAAGGCGUGUUCGAACGUUCGAGUGUUAAUCAUAGGAGCCGGUCCCUGCGGUCUUCGUGCAGCUAUUGAGGCGCAACUGCUCGGCAGCAAGGUUGUGGUGCUCGAGAAGCGAGACCGAUAUUCUCGGAAUAACGUGUUGCAUUUAUGGCCCUUCGUCAUACACGACCUCAGGAAUUUGGGUGCCAAGAAAUUCUUCGGAAAGUUCUGUGCUGGCUCUAUUGAUCACAUCAGUAUACGUCAGCUACAGCUGAUCCUCCUUAAAGUAGCUCUUCUUCUCGGAGUGGAAGUCCACGAGAAUGUCAUGUUCAAGGACCUUCUUGAGCCUCCUGAAGACCAGACCAAAGAAAAAAUCGGAUGGAGGGCGCAGGUGUUGCCGGCCGACCACCCAGCUUCUCAGUACGAGUUUGAUGUGUUGAUUGGCGCAGACGGCAAAAGGAAUACGCUAAAGGGUUUCAACAGGAAGGAGUUCCGAGGAAAGCUUGCGAUAGCAAUCACAGCAAACUUCAUGAACCGCCAUACGCUGGAAGAAGCACGUGUACCUGAAAUCAGUGGGGUUGCCUUCAUAUUCAACCAAAAGUUCUUUCAGGAAAUGAAAGAAAACACAGCUAUUGAUCUAGAGAAUAUUGUCUACUACAAAGAUGACACCCACUAUUUUGUCAUGACUGCCAAAAAACAGAGCCUGCUCGAGAAAGGUGUCAUAAUAAACGACUACAGCGACACAGCGCGGCUGCUUUCGCCUGAAAAUGUGGACAAAGGGGCACUCAUGGAGUAUGCCCGUGAGGCAGCAGAUUUUGCGACGGGUUAUGCCUUGCCCAGUCUCGAAUUUGCUGUCAACCAUUACGGGCAGGCCGACGUUGCCAUGUUCGACUUCACUUCGAUGUACGCUGCCGAAAAUGCGUGUCGUCUUUUGGAGCGUCGUAGUCACUGGCUCCUCCAAGGGUUAGUUGGCGACAGCCUACUCGAGCCAUUUUGGCCUACUGGUUCAGGAUGUGCGAGAGGAUUCCUGAGUUCUCUCGAUGCUGCGUGGAUGAUCCGUUCCUGGGCAAAUAAUAGGGACAGCCCACUUCACGUGCUUGCGGAGCGGGAAUCAAUUUAUCGCUUGCUAGCCCAGACGACACCAGAGAACCUGAGCAAGGACCUGGCAGAGUACAGUCUGAGCCCUAGCUCACGUUACCCAAACCUGAACCUGAUGGCCGUGCUGCCGUCUCAGGUACGAUCACUCUGUCGUACAGAGGUGGAGAUCCACCUGCCUCCCCCGGCACCCAGGCCACUGACGGAGAUGCAGAAGAAGCGUCGCCGGAGAGAAUCCAUUAUUCAUCCAGACGCGCUGUUGUCGUGGUGCCAGCGUCAAGUGGCGCUGUACGCGCAGGUGAAGAUCGAAAACAUGACCACGUCUUGGAAGGACGGUUUGGCUCUGUGCGCAAUCUUGCACAGAUACAGGCCAGAUCUCGUCGAUCUUCUGGAGCUUUUGCCUGAAAACAGUGCUGCCAACAACCAGAGGGCGUUUGACAUCUUAGAAAAGGAAUAUGGCAUCCCACCUGUGAUGACGGGGCUGGAGAUGGCUUCCUGUACUGUACCUGACAAGUUGACAAUGGUUUCCUACCUGUCGCAGGUCUACGAAACAUUUAGGGGCGAAAUACCUCAUGGCCGUCCUGUGUACAAGGCAAGUAAGUUGUUGCGAGAAAAAGAAGUUCCACCACCUCCACCCCUGAACCUCCUCGGAAAGAUCACCAACAAGGUGCAGAGCAGGCGCAAGUCAUCCACAGAACGUGACACCUCCAGGGAACGGGACAAGAGUGACAGCCUGAAGAGAAGCAGGGUGUCGUUGACGAGGUCGCGGAGGUCGCGCGUUGCCGCUGCUUUGAGCGGGAACGGAAGUGGAGAUGCGGGUACGGCCCAGUAUGAGAGAAUCCUGAAAGCGCUGGACAAGGAUUCUUUCACGAAACGGAUGCAAGCUCUGCAGGAACAGAUCCGACUCGACCGAAAGUUGGCGCGGAGCGAAAGGAAGAGCGGACACGCAUCUUCGACCACGGAAGACGAAAGCUGCUCGUCCGGUCCUCCCGGUCGCAUUCCCCGCACUGCCGUACAACAGCUUCAGGAGCAGCUCAAGUUUGGAGGUACAACGUCACCGCCAAAGAAGAAGGCUAUAAAGGUCGGACGUUUAGGAAAAGACGAGUGGAAUGUGAAGAUGCUCGAGGAACGUCUCAAGCAACGCGAGAAGAGGCAAAAGGAAGCUAAGGUACACGUUGAAAAGCCCAAGGUCCUCAAAGAAAUUUUUGAUAGCAAGCUCCAGAGCAUGGACGCCCGACUGAAAGCGGAUGGAGGGCUCACAGAUGAGGAACGCAUCCGCUACUCCACCAUCGACGACAAGCUCCACAAGCUGGGCAAGCAGCUGCGCGAGGGCUCCCUGGACGUGGGUACUCGAGGCCAGAACAGGGUGGCGGCCAUGGCUGGGUACAUUGCCAACGUCCUGGACAACCAGUCAGGGAUACGGGAGAAGAGACCGGCGCCUCCUCCCCCCGUGGUCAUUGCAAAGAACAAUGCCAACAGCAUAAAGACAGAGCAGACGACGCCGUUGCCACCAACUCUGAAACCAGUGGUGUCACAACCUGAGAAAGUGCCGUCCGUGGAACCGAGCGGAGUGAGCGAGAUCUGCUGCUUCUGUCAUAAGCGGGUCUACCUCAUGGAACGGCUCAGCGCGGAGGGACUCUUCUUUCACAGAGGGUGCUUCCGCUGCGAUUAUUGCCAGGGAAGCCUACGUCUCGGCAACUACGCCUACGAUCGUGCUGCUCCGUACAAGGGGAAGUUCUACUGUGCUCCACACUUCCGCAUGGAGCGCCCAAGUCAGCGCUGGCAGGAUAUGAUGCGUCGUAAGCAUGCAUUUCUGCUGGCGGAACCGCAACCCCCCAGCUUAGUGCCACCAGUGAGUAAAGCGCAAGACAUCCAAGACGGUGGUUGUCCAACCCCAGCUGAGGUUCCGAGAACUCCGUCCCCACCACUCGGGGCUGGGGAAGACAUGGGGGAUCCAUCUCAGCUUCAGAAGGCCACUACACCUUUUGUUGAGGACGGUACUGCGGUAACAUUCCAGGUGAAGACAUACGAGACUCCUACCCGGCUCUCCCUAGACGACAUGAAUGCUGUGAUUGAUGUGGACAACACUCCGGAACGCGUAGAAUUUGAGAACAGCCUCGAGCUCUUAUCAGAAGAUGACCUCCUAACAAGCGAGCUUGAAGAGGAGGAGCUCGCUCAGAAGAACUUGGGGAAAGUGGAUGUCCCUACCAGUGACGACGAGUGCUCCGACCUAAGCUCCGAAGAGGACGGUUCAGAGUCGGAAAGCCUCGUUGAAGAGAUAGAGCAUUCUUUCACCGCUGAUGAGACGAGGCACAUGGCAGAAACGUGGCAGCGUAAGCAUGCAUCAUCCCUGGAAGGGAAUACAUGCAACGACGGACAGGACGAGUAUCACCAGGGUGCCAGCUCUUCAAGCUUUGAAGAGGAAGAGUCUAGCACAGAGGGUGAAGACGACUAUGAAGAAGAUGAAGAAACAGAGACCGAAACUGGUGAAGAAGAUGCCACAAGCCAGGAUAUUGACAGCGAUGAUGAAUAUAGUCCACAUGAACCUCUCUCCGACGAGGAGGGUGAUGUUCCAGAACCAGAGGAAUGUGGUGAAAGUGGUAGGGAAGAGGGAGUAACAGUGCCUGUUCCAGUUUUGAAAACAGAGGCACCACUUGACGUAGAGGAUGGAAAAAGUUCAGAGGAGUACAUAUCUGAUGAAGAAGGCCUCACGAUGAGUUCCUCAGAGGAGAGCUCUGAAUCGGAAGCAGCGGCUCCACCUCCAAAGCACGAGAUUCCAACUAUAGUCAUCGACAGGUCACCCGGAGAGCAAGACCUGGAACUCGACUGGGGACCCAAGGAAGUUAGGGCCGCACUUGGGAAGUCUGGCGGAGCCCUGGAAUCCGACGGCGAGGCCGACCAGCAUGCAGGGAGCAGCUCACCAGUUGUGCCGCCGAAUGAACAGUGCAUUAAUCACGGUGCACCCACCGCGGAGCCAAGCAUUAGUCCCAAGUCCAGUGACGGGCAGACUUCAAGCGAUCACCUCUCAUUGCAAAUCAACAAGCUGAACAAGUCUGCCGAGAGCCUUGCAGGGAUGAGUGUGUCAUCUGGACUGUCCUCUUCGUCCAACGUGGAUGACCUCUCGGAGGUCAAGCAGGCUGGCAGAGAGGACCUACGAGAAGACAUGGCAUCACCGUCACUCACGGACGUGUCGGAGGUGAGCAGCCUGGUGGAUGCGACGCCGGGAUCGGCGUCGCCGGCGUUGACACCAGCAAUGGAAACUCGCGGUUACGGCAUCAUGGUUGACAGAGUCGGCUCCAGUGAAAGUAGCUGUGCUCAAAGUCCGCCAGAGGACCAGAUAGGGACAUCGACUGCCUCCGACUCUUCAGCUGUUCCGUUUGGUGCGCUGCGUGUCCAAAGCGCCAGUUCAUCCGCUGUGACAUCUACAUCUUCCGGUGGUCCAUCACUGGCAGAUCAUGGUCUUGGAACAGAUGCUUCCGAUAUAGAGGAGCAAGAGCUGCUGUCCCCAUACCCCGAGCUCAGUGGUGCAUCACGUGAACUGGCAGACCAACAUUUGGAGUCAACAACAAAGCCUAAAUGCGUAAUCAAGAAAUCUCCGGGGGAACCAUCCAAGCAGCCCUCAUCCGAGCACCUCAAAUCUGGCACGUUGUCGCCGAAUAUCGCUGGUGAUGAAGCUGUUGCGUCGGAAAUAUCCGACUCAUCAAGAAGCACCGUGAUAGAGAGAGCAGUGUUGCAACAGGCUUCCACAGGCAUAUCAACACCACGAGAUAUAUCUUUGUCUACGAGAGGAUAUGCCUUUAAAAAGGAAGGUCCUUCCAAGAGCUCCGACCUUGUCAUAGGGCUGACCCUAACAAGCAAGGCUACUCAAAGCAUGGAUGAGCAAAAAUCCCAGUCAGGUGGUGCAUUGCACGCAAAAAAUGCUAUUGACGGUGGGGAAUUGCAGACGACUGCUGAACCGUCUGCUACGUCGCCGUCUGCUAGAACGAGUGCUCCACAAAAGUUACACGGACAGAUUGAGUUACUACAAACCGAAAGGAAAAAUCGCUCUAUUUUACCUCUGUUAUCCGCCAAUAAGGCUAGCGCGAAACAAGCAGAGAAAUCUGAACACCAGGUGUGCAGUGGUUCACCAGGUGGCGCCGAUGCCCCUUGCAGCUUGCACGUCGCUGCCAGUGGUGCCCCUCCCGAUAGAGUUCCUUCCGGCAGUUGCAGCAGUUCAUCAUCUGGACCACCAGAGUCAUCUGACACUUCUACAACUGACCUCACUGGAGAAACAAUGGUUGCGCUACACCCAGCACCCGUUCGUGCUAGGGCACAUUCUGAUGAAGUUUCAAAAGACAGAAAUGGGCAAGAAGAUCCCGAUGCGGGCGAAAAAGAUGUUCAUCCAAGUGGGAUGGACAGGUCGAAGCUUACGCUAAAGUUUGAGGUGCCCAACAGGCCCACAAAAGGUGCUAAGGAGAACGCGGAUGGUGGAAACAUUACAACUCCUGAAAUUUUAUCCCCACAGAGUGACAGUUUAGGAGGUGGCGACAGUGCUGGGCCCGGUAGUGGGGCUACAACGUGUUCUGCUUCAAUCAGCGACCAAGAAGUGUUCUCACCAGGAGAUGAUGUCCCUGCACUGGAAGAUGAAAUCUGUGAAGUUGCAGAUGGAUCACCCUACGCACCCAUUGCAAGGAUGAGUGACGAAGACCUCACAGUGUCGGAGUGGCAGUCGGAGAGUAGGAGUGCUACGGCCGAUAGCGCAAAGAACAAGAAAAAAGAUAAGGAACUGCAGAUAAAGGACGAAGUACUUGAACAUACACCGUCCAAAGAUGUCGAAGUGAAGAAAGAAAGCUGUCAAGGUGUCAACGGCAGAGAACUGUUGACUGCUGUUGGCAGCGAUGAUGACAUCACAGUCUCUGAAUGGGCUAAGGAAGGAGGCAGAAGUGACAUACUCUCAGGACUGGAAGAUUUGAACAAGGAGUUCAAACUUGAUGACAGGCACGUGACAAGGCGAAGGAAAAAGAAACAACGCGUUGCAGAUUGUGAGGAUCUCGAAGAUGACUUCGAAAAACAGAAGUCUCCAGAGCCCGAGAACAGAACGGUGAAACACGGAGCCUCGGACGAGAACGAAGAUAUUGUCAAUGAAGCUAGUUCUGACACCGGAGCACCACCUGGAACUAACGAAAUUACAGAAGUCUUACCUCGUAAAGAAGGCAAGAAAGGUGAACCGAAGCAACCCCUACAUCUCACGCCAGAGCCCCAGAAGUUCCAAGGAUACGGUGGAUCCUUUGCCGAAAAGGUCUUGCGGCGCCCGAGCGGAUCAGAUGGAAAUGGCAAGCGAGACUCUAUAUAUCUCAAGUCUCUCAACAUUAACCUCCAGAUGCUCGAUUUUCCGUCCGUUCGAUCGUCCUCCCCUGGCAGCCUCGGUUCUUGUGAAGAGCUCGAUCAGGACCAUUCGAAGGAAGAGACUCCCGUUCAGCCCUUCACUGCGACGCUUCCGAAGCCAUCGACUCAGACCCGCUCUAAAAAGAGCGGCGAUCAGAGACAACAGCCUCGGCAGCUAGCCAUAAAGCCACCUACCGACGACAGCGCCACCACCACUGCCGCGACGCAGCCGGCACGGCCGUGCCUGGAUCCCGUGACAGCUAUGCUGAUGAGCCGAAGAGAAGCCUCGAGGAAGAGCGUUCACGAGGACAUUCAGAAUCUCCCAUACUUUGACAGCCUUAGUCUCGCGGGUGAUUUCGAUGAAUUCAAGACCCCGGAAGCUGGAACCCCGACGGAUGAACACUUUUCGACACCGCCCACUUCAAGAUUAACAUGUCCGCGCCCACCUUCGUACACCGAUCCGGAACGAGAGCGAGCACGACGAGAGGCGCGAGAACGUGCUAGACUUAAAAGUGACGAAGAACUGGGGCUGAGUCCCUGUAGUUAUCGCAGGCGAUACAUAAAGACACCGGCAUUUGACGAGCUCACGCUCACUGACCUCCUCGACCCCGACGACGAAGACGAAGCGUUCAACGCGAUCGACGACAGGUCGUCCCUCCGUAGCCUCAGCACCGCUCAAAACAGAUUGGCUCAAUUCGAGGACGACGACGACGAGGACUCCAUAACGCCAGUGGUGUCACCGAUGCAGUCGAACGAGGAUCUCGAUCAACAGGACGUCUUUCACAGCCCCGUGCAGCCGAUUGUCAUACCAAAUUUGUACGAGUACAUCCCUAGCCAAAGCAGCCGUGUCGUGGCGGCUAGGAAGUCAAAGCCGAAGCCAAAGAGGAGGCUCUUUUCGAGGAACGAGGACGAAGAGAGAAAAAGUUUGACCAAGCGCAACAUUCUUUCCUUCUUGGGCUUCAAUAAGAACGGCGGGUCGGAUGGACCGACGAGCAAGGAGAGGAAAGAGAGUUACAACAAGGAACAAGCGGCACGUAGCGCGGAGGAGAGGAGUCCGUCACGAGAAAAAACGUUCUCUCGACUAAGGCUUUCACGCUUGUCGAAGGAGAAGGCUGCCAAGAAGAGCGGCAGCAAUCUGCCUGCACCCGCUGCGUCGCAAGAGAGGCCAACUUCUGUGCCUUCCGCAGCUGUGCCGAGGAAGAAGCCAACAGCGAACGAAUCUAAGGAACAAAUUAAGAAGCACAUCAGUCUGGAUAAUUUGAAAUCGCAACAAAUUGUCCUUCCAGCAAAGAGUCGCAGCGUCGAGUUUGACAGCAUGGUGCCCCAGGCCUCAGAAGAAGACAGUCUGUCUGACCAUGACGACAAAGCAGGAACGUGCAGUGACACUGGUGACAAAAAGUGCAAGGGCUUGAACCAAAGGCGACUGGAACGCCUGACACAAAAAGUCCAGAGGCAACACGAAUUAAAGAGACUACGCACUGCUCAAGAAAUACAGAGGCGCCUCGAAGAGAUUGAAGUGAGUUUGAGGGCUCUGGAACGGCGAGGCGUUCUCAUUGAACGGGCACUACGCGGAGAGGACGACGAAGAUGAAGAUUUACGUACUGAAGAAGGGGAGCUGACCCAGGUGCUGUUUGGAUUGAUGCGCCAAAAGAACAAAUUAUCGAGAGAGGAGCAAGAACUCCUGAUACGCGUGAAAGACUUGGAGCUUGAAAACCACCACUCCAAACUGCAGCAGGAAAUGCGAGAACGUAUGGCCGUAGAUGACAACCAGAAAUCUGCGCACGACAUUGAAAAAGAAAGGCAGAUCCUCAACGAAAUGCUGGACAUUGUUGAGAAGAGGGACCGUCUAGUGGCCCAGAUGGAUCAGCUGCGGAUAAGGGAAGAAAAAGAGGACAAGGAGCUGCUAUGUCAAAUGCAGGCGCAGGAGUUAUCUUCGUGCCGGAGCUGAGAAGCGUCAACCAUAGGUUCUGGUAACACCAUAGGAGUGCUUCUUCUGCUCUUGCGUCCCCUAUUUGCAGCUCGACCAUCCCCAUCAUUGUUGCCACAGUCAUGUGGCAGGGAUAAGUGCGGUCUGCUGCAUUCUAGCUUCGUGAUAGCCCAACUAGAAUCGGUUGUGGGUUGAGGUAAAAUGCGGCUGUGCUGAGAGCUACGCAGCAUACCUGAGGAAAUUGCGCUUGCCAGUCGCAGCUGUUACGCUUUUCAGCUUGGACCUCGUGCAGGUAGGUACUGGGGACCCCGUCGUUUUUUCGGAGCUGCAGACGAGAAUGGGUGCUGUGUGGUUUCGAGACUACACAUCUUUCAAAGAAGUGCUAGGUGUUAUACAAUGUUGUCAGUAACUAGGCUUCAGAUUCCAAGAGCAAGGUUUUGGUAAGAGGUCCAAUUUCCUUUCCUAGCUCGCCGUGGAUCGCUCUGAUUUUUGGUGUACCAUACGCUCAUGACUAAGCCUAGUCAGGAAAUGGGCACCGCGGAUUCCUGGGUUUUGCUGGUGCCCCACGCUGUUUUGCUAAUCUUAAGAGGAAAUGCUAGCGAUGGAAGGAGUGCACAUAGCAGCUGCAUUGAUAGUGUUUGUUUAUGUGACAUAGAAUACACAAAAAACUAUUACGGGGGGCUCCCAGACAACGAAAAACUGCUCUCGCGUAUAUUUUGGCAAAUUUUGGGAUUACUUGAAUGAGCAGAAGCUCCGUAUUUUUUUUUUUCUGCAGAGGAGAGCGACGCUGCUGAAGAAGCCGGGCAUUAUGUUUCUAGCACAACCAAACUCUUAGCGUCUUUUAUGUUUUGUAGACAUUGUUGCACUCGUGCAACAACAACAACAACAACAAAUUUGCAUUUUACUUAUCGCAUCUUUAUGUGUCAUGUAUACAACGAGCUAAGUGCGGCAAUUUUCUUUUUAAUCCUCAUUUUACGAUUAUUGUGAGAUAUUUAUGAAAUUAUACAUAGAACAAAGCUAGGCUACUUAUGUGUCAGCAUCUUGAAAUCAUAUGCAGCUCAUGAGGUGUGUUUAGUAUGUUGCGCACCAUGCAAAAAAAAAUACAAAAAAAAACUGCAGAGUGGGCAGCCAUUUCAGUUGUGCUUCCAUGUAUGCUUGCCAAAGGAAUAUGUGCAAGUGUCAUUGCCCAUUGCCGCGUUUCUUUGCACAAAACUCUUUUCUUUCUGUUGUUUCCUGAGUAGUUGUGCUGCUUUUGUUGUAUUUAUGAUUGUACCAUAGAAGUGUGUGUGUGUAUAGUAGCUGUGGAAUUCAUAGGGCAUUUACAGCUCUCUUCUGUGGUUGAUAUACAAAGCUAGCUUUUAUAGACGUGGGUAAUGCUGUUACGACAGCAAUAUUUCUCCAUCUUUUGGAGGUUGACCUUGGAAUACACUUCAUUACCAGAAGUUGCUCAUCCUGCGCUGUUGCCUUUUUGCUUUUGCAGCGCAGUUUGUCAGUGAGUGAUGAAACUGACAUUCCCAUCAGUUGCAUUCUUUCUGUGUAGGAUAUUAUUACAAUUAUUACGAUAACUUUUUUAAACCGUAUAGCACUUGUUGCAGCUUGGCACGUACAAAUGCUGCUUUUUUUUAAGCAUUUGAAAUGACAACGGUGUAUUGGAACCUCCCUAGAAUCCAAUUCCGAGAGCUCCGUUGCAAGCUAAUUCCGAAACUGCGAAACAUCGUGAAUGGCGAGGUGAUUUUUCUUGGGGAGGAUGUUCAAAAUAAGCAUACAAAUUGUUUUGUUCCGAUGUGUACGUUUCGAAGUUGCGUAUUAUCAGACGGUGAACUCUCAAUGCCACGACACGCAGAGCACCCGACGUAGUGCUUUUUAGCUGUCUGAACAAUCUGAACAAACUCCUCUGUAACAUCAUGGCGAUUAUCAGUCGUGUUCCGUUCAUGUCCUUCGUGUUAUCCCUCUUGUUUUAGUUAUUUAUUGUUGUCACAUUCGCCUCCCCCCUCCCACUAUUAAGCUCAUUCGAGCAAAGAUUUUGUUACGUUUGCAUUGUCAUCGUUGUAAAUGGUCCGUUGCUACACGGUACAGUCAGUCCGCCUUAUAUCCAUUCCUUUCUUGCAUUUACCCCAAUCUUGUGCGUUUCAUCCUCUACAGAUUUGUCUUCCACCACGCGUAAAAAAAUGCACUCACAAGACUACCUAGUUGCUGCAAGUGAAUUUCUCGCAGCAACAUUUCAAAAGGAUGGCAGGUUGUAACAUAGUUUGCCAUACCGUACGGAUGAAUUUGCCCAUUUAGGUAGGUGUGGGUUCCAGUCCCCCUUGCGGGAACAUCGUUGCACACUGCCCAAAGCUACAUGUAACAACGUGUGUGCCCCUGAUAUACAAAUAUUCGUGCAGGCAUUAACGAUAGGAUGUCUUAUCUACGUUAGCUUCGCUUCCAUAGGCUACCACUCCCGAAGAAAGAGAUAAAGUUGGUUCUAUUGCGACUGCUGCCCGUACUUAAGACAAUCUUUUAACGUAUGUCCACGAUUGAGGUUCCACUACACUGUAUUUAAUGGGCCUUGCUCUUUGAAAGUGCACGUUGCUUUAGCAAGGGUGGUUCAAAUACGUGCGUGAACAGGUUUUUGCGAACUACGCGAAGGAACGCUUUAUGCCGGUUGUCUCUUCAAAUUUACGGAUGUUGGAGCCUUUUGCAUACUUAAUUGAUCUAGCACGUAUUUUGAACUGCAUAGAAAAAAAAAAUUAUUGUUAUGCCUGAAAUACAAAAGUAUCAAUGGAGAGGUUGUGGUAUUGAUAGAGUAGACAAAAAUAUUGCACGUGGCAGCACCUGAGAGAGUGCCAAAGUUGCCCACACCAGGUGCAGGAGGGCAGCAAAAAGCGUUACUGCUUCACCACCGCGCCUGGAGUACAAUGCAGACGCUGACCACACUUUCCCAUGCUGGGCAUUCACGUAGCGCAGCUUAAGGUUGUACUACACAGGUUGGCUUCACUGGAGCCAGCAAACAGCAGUAGCAUAGCUAUGGAAUAGCAGUAUCAGUGUUCCAUGAACCAGCAAUGAAGCUAGCACAUGCGCGCAUGUGUUGCCAUUAUGCUUAGCAUAAGGUCCCGAGUUACACUAAAUGUUGCGUUUAUUUGUUUUACCAGUUCAAUGUUGCAGGGCAUGUGCUAAAUUCAGGGGAGUUCCUAUUGCAUGUAUUCGAGAAAUUUCAAAUGCCAUAAUUUCUCUGUGUACCUUACAUACAGACUUCUGCUGAUGUGCUCCACAUCACGGACACCGCACCUCCCCUUCUAAAGCCUUCCGCCGAGGUCGUUAGCAUAGAACAAGCAAUACCGAAUAAACACAUUUGCUGCUAACUACACACAAGCAUAAGCAGCCAAGAUUUGCAAUUCUGUCUCAUUGAUCCAGUCCAAUAGAAGCUUGAAAUUUGAACCGAUUCAAAGCAAAUAUUGACUCACAUGUAGAGUAUCAUAUAACAUAUUGUGUGUACAACUUAGAUCAGCAGUACCAUCGGACAGCACUUAGCAGCUCUUAUGUUCCUCCUCCAAACUGCUCGGAAAGUAAAAGUGUGUUACUCCCAACUUGCUGUCAUCCGAAGUAUAGGAGGAACAGAUUCUAGAAGUAGUUCAGUGUAUUUCACAUUGAAGCACGUAACUUCGAUACAUCCCUCCAGCAGAAUGUAAAUUUUCAGGAGUAACGUUCUGGUAGCCAAUGUUACGGUGCAAUUAUUUUUCAAUUGAAGAGACCAUGUUUGUGAUGUCAUUUGUGUUUGGUUGUCUGUUUCCCUCUGAAAACGCGAGCCUACAUUUCGGGAGCUAGAGCCUUGUACAGAAACCAAAGAGGUUCAGCAGUUAAUGGGUUGUGCAGUCAUGUACAGUACCAAAAGUAGUAAAGUGACACGCUGCUGCCGUGUAAAUAUGAUAGAGGGUGCUUUGCCCCCUUUGCUAAUGCAAUGUGUAAAAAAAGUUACAUAGGAACUGUGGCAAUUGUAUGUAUUACCUUGAAGGUACCACGGACGCCUAGGCGUACCCUUCGUAACAUAAUAAUGGCUUCGAGCAGAAUGUUAAUAUAUGUAGGUAAUGCAGCUCUUGUAACACCUUUAUUCAAGUUCGAAUAAAAUGCAAGAUGAAAGACA